AUGCACAGAGUGGAAAAAAUAAUUGCACAUGCUGAAUUUGAUACAGAAACUUUCAACAGCAACAUAGCCCUUCUCAAAUUAGAGGAACCUGCCACAUUUUCUGAGGAUGUUGUCCCAGCAUGCCUUCCAGAAGAGGACUUUGCUAAUGAUGUUCUGAUGAAGCAAACAUUUGGAAUUGUCAGUGGCUUUGGGAACACGUUUGAACGUGCACAGCCGGUCAAAAGAAUGAAAGUGCUUCAAAUCCCUUACGUGGAUGAGGACACUUGCAAGUUUGCCCUUCGUAGCCCAGUCACAGAAAACAUGUUCUGUGCUCGUUAUGAUAAAGAUGGAAAAGAUGUCUGCCAAGGAGGUGGAGGAGGCCCUCAUUUAACCAAAUACCAUGGCACUUAUUUUGUUAUUGGUGUCAUCAGCUGGGGAGAAGGAUGUGGAAGGUGAGGGAAAUAUGGAAUAUACACCAACUGGUCAAAGCUCCUACCCUGGGUAAAAAGUGUUUUGACAGAAAACUCUUAA